AUGUCAUUAGUGGAACUUGGCAAACGUCUGCUGGAUGCUGCCAAGAGGGGUGAUACAGAUGAAGUUCGAUCAUUGAUGUCCAAUGGAGCACCCUUUACAACAGACUGGCUAGGGAUGUCACCAUUGCACUUUGCUGCCAGGAAUGGUCAUUUUCAAACUGCUGAAGUUUUACUCAGAGCUGGAAUUAGCCGUGAUGCUCGUACCAAAGUCGAUCGGACACCUCUGCAUGUGGCAUCACAAGAGGGACAUGUGACCAUUGUGGAUUUACUGCUGGCAAAUUCAGCAGAUAUAGAAGCAAAAGACAUGCUUAAAAUGACGCCACUUCAUUGGGCUACAGAGAAAGGACAUUUACCGGUAGUGGAAUUGUUAAUUAAAAAUGGAGCAGAUAUUAAUGUGGAUGAUAAAUUUGAAAGAUCAACGAUUGAAAUUGCUCAAGGAAAUGAACGAACAGAUAUUCUUCAACUUUUACAAUUAGGCAUGAAUAACCCUGAUUUGACUGGUUUAACUGAAGGAGAAACAGUGACAAUAGAAACAACAGAAUCUCUAACUCCAACAGUCAAUGCCAGUGUCAUUGAAGAAAUUCCUCCAUCAAAUGUGGUCACAACAGUGGCCAGUACACCAGUGGCAAAUGCCAUUAAAAAAGAGAGUACGUCCCAUGUCUUACCUGUUACAAUUGUGCCAAAUUCUACAUCACCACAGAAAUCAGAUAACUCUGACCAAAAUAGCACAUCUGUUUUGGCAACACUUGCAGUUCUUGCUGAAGCCACUGCACCAUUUAAUGCUCAAAAUCCCAGUACAGCAGAAGCAGUGAGUUGGCUGGAGAGUCAUGGUAUUACUAUGAUUUCGACCAAUGAUGCUGGUAUCAUAACCUCUGCAGUGGAAAGUGGCCAAAGCAUUGCUCUUACAGAAGCUGGGAAAAUGGCACUAAAUAUAAUCAAACAGCAAGGUUUGACUCGAACUACAGAUGAUGAAGCAGCUGAAUCUGUAGUGGGAGGCACAAUUGAAACAGUUGUUGGAGACACUGAUCAGAAAGUAAUUACAAUUGUAACCACUGAUCAAACAGAGGUAGGCAAUGGAGAAGAACCAGUUUUAGUCACAGUAAAUGCUGAUGGCUCAACGGAUGGGACAUUGACAGUUGAAGCUACAGAGGAGCCACCAACAAAGAAAUGCCGUAUAGAAGAAGCUGAAGUUGAAGAAGCCAGUGCUGUGCCAAUUACCCAGUUAUUGGAACCAAAACCAAGCAAAGAAGAUCAGGAACAGGAGGAUCUUCGGCGACAACUGGAGGAGAUGAAGCGUCAAGCAGAAGUCUUUAAACAACAAUUAUUGCAAAAAGAGCAAGAGGCAGAAGUAUAUAAAAAACAAUUAAGUGAAAUGGUUACAGCUAAGGGGGAUAUGAACUUAAAUAACAACAGUAAUCUCAACAUAGGCAGCAUUGAGACAGACAACAACGAAGAGGUGACCAUCACUGAUGCAUUACAUGCAAAUGAUAUUGUCACAGAGACUGUUACUGUCACUGAAGAAGUUUUAGAUGUCAACGAUGUUUCUACUGAAAAAUAA